UAGCGAUCGUUUAUCAAGAAAAGUUUUUUGAUCCUCUUUUUGCUUUUCCUGGGCAUAAAGCAGCCAUAACCAUGCCUAGGAGAGUUGGAAAAGAAGUUGCACAACAAGUGGAAGUGGCUCCUGUGAGUCCAAGACAUUCCGAAGGUGAAAAUAGUCCGAAGCAUCUUCCACCUAUUUCUCCCUUGGCAGAUCGAUCAUAUGGCAAUCCCAUAUAUCGCAAUGAUGAUGAGGAGAAAGUUGAUUCUACUGAGUCAAGCAAUAAAAUAUCUCAAGAACUUCAGCAGAUAAGGAAGCUACAAGAAGAAGCCAAUCAGAACAUAAAGCAUAGUCUACAAAGCUUUCUACAAGCCCAACGAAAACAUUCAGAUCAUUUCACUCAAUGUUUGAAUGUUAUUGACAGGGCCAUUCAUGACAAUUCUCGAGCUAUUCGAGAAGAAGUAGCAGAAAGUCGCAGAACCCUCACUGCAGUUUCUGAGAGAACCAUAGAACAUGUUCGACAGCAACAAAAUGUUCCAAGGCAACCCUUCAAUAGGCAGCAACAAAACAAUCCUGUUGGUGGCAUCCUUGGACCACAAGAUCCUGUGGAAGUAGCAUUCCGUGCAGCUGAGCAACUCAACGCCAAUCAACAAAGAUAUUCAACCAUUGAACACAUUGGUAGGUUCACUAUUCAAUGUGGGGAGGCAUCGGGUGAUGAUUUUUUGAAGUUGAGACUCUUCCCAAGUUCUUUAAUUGGUACGGCACUGACAUGGUAUUUAAGUUUGCCGCAAAUUUCUAUGUUCACCUGGAGACAAAUGGAAGAUUUGUUUCAUAUUCAAUUCUACCGCUCAGAGCCUGAGAUAUCCAUGGCUGAUCUUUCUAGACUGACUCAACGACCAGGGGAAUCUUCAAAAAAUUAUCUUAUGCGGUUUAGAAAAGCCCGGAUGAAGUGCCAUGUUGCCUUACCAGAGCAAGAGUUCGUGAAGCUUGCUCAGAAUGGUUUAGACAUUGAACUUCAAAAGAAGUUUGAGGGGAUGGAAUUCAGAGACUUCUUUGAGCUCUCUUAUAAGGUGGCACGUUAUGAGAACCUUUUAAGAGAGGAAUCCCAAAGAAAGGCAAUGUUGCAAGGAACUUAUUAUCAGGAUGCUUUUGACCUUGAUGUUGCCGUGGUCUUUGCAGACAAGCUAGUAACUUGUCCUAAUCUAGUGAAAGUCACUCAACAGGUUGAGGCGGCUGCAAAGCAUCUCUCGUAUGAAUCUAGGAGACAAUACACAUUUGAUGUGAUUAAAGCAAAUGAAAUCUUUGAUUAUUUGAAAAAGUCAGGACAUAUUAAGCUACCGCAGGGGCAUAGGCUCCCAACGGUUGCUGAAAUUGCAUCCAAAGAUUACUACAAGAUUGACAAAGGGUUGCUUCGUUUCCCUGAAAAACCCAAGGAAGUCAUAGGGGUUGGUGAGAAUCCUUUUCCGAACAUUGAUGUUGGAGUUAAUGUUGAUGACAUAAGGAGCAUCUCUCAAAGGACGUAUAAAGGGCGAACUUUGGCUGCAGAUGACCUUCGCUGGGUGAUUGAGAAGGAAAGGGAACAUCGUGCCCAACAAAAUCAGAGGCUCGGAGGGCAACACCAUGUUGCCAGAAUCUAUGCAUCUGGAUCCAGGAUGAAGGAGGCUCGACAUACAGAUCGCUCUCGUAUAAUCGGCAGCAUCUCUAUUAACCUCUCUUGUUUGGUUCUCACACUUCCUUUGGUUUUUCAAGCCAAGGGCAGCGAGACUACCUAUGUUCCUACCCAUGUUUCCAAUGGCAGCAUGUUUGUUGAAGAAGAAGUGAUAGAGGUUCCAGCCCAAGAAGAGGAAGAGGAGCACGAUAUCCUUUUAGAACAAAUUAUCUUUAACAAACUAGAUGAAAGUGUGGCUUGUCAUAUAAAGCCACUCUACAUUUCAACUCACAUGGAUGGAGUUCCAGUGAAUCGAGUCCUUGUUGACAAUGGAGCAGCAGUCAACGUCAUACCUUCUUUUACGCUGAGGAAUUUGGGUAAAAAUUCUGAGGACUUGGUUUAUACUGACGUAACCAUCAGUGAUUUCAUAGGUGGUGUUAACAAAUCAAAAGGAGUGCUGUCGGUUGCACUUACUGUCGGCAGCAAGACGUCAAUGAGUGCUUUCUUUGUUGUAGACUCUUCUGCAACUUAUAAUGCAUUACUGGGACGUGAUUGGAUCCAUUCGAAUUGGUGUGUUCCAUCUACUCUCCAUCAAAGACUCAUUUUUUGGAAUGGAGGCAAGACUGAGGUGGUUUAUGUUGACAACAGACCAUUCUUAGCCAAUUCCAAUAUGGUGGAAGCACAAUACUAUGAUGAAGACGUAGGAACCAUUUGUUUCUUCGGCAUGGAUAGACAAGGAAGACCUCGUGGAAUCACUAUUGCAACAAGCCUACCUUGGCUAAAAGCAAAUCUGUCAGAAGUGGUACAUGAAGGUGAGGAGGACACCCAUACCGACGGAGUCACAAUGGAGGAGUUAGAUCUAGCCCCUGUGAAGCUGGAUGACCUCAGGGUCGAUGUACAAGAUCCAUUGAAGGAAGUUAAUCUGGGAACGGAGGCAGAGCCACGCAUUACUUUUGUCAGUGGCUUGUUGCCGCCAGGGAUGCGAGAUCAAAUAAUUUGUUUACUACAUGAAUUCAAAGACUACUUUGCUUGGGAUUAUUCUAAGAUGCCAGGUUUAGACAGAGAGUUGGUAGAGCAUAGACUACCAAUCAACAAAGGAUAUAAGCCAUACAAACAGCCGCCACGCCGUAUGUCUCCAAAAGUGAUUUUGAAGGUGAAGGAAGAAGUGGAGCGGCUGCAUAAAGUUGGUUCUAUACGGACAGCCAGGUACUCAGAAUGGUUGUCUAAUAUUGUUCCAGUAGUGAAGAAGAAUGGAAAGCUUAGAGUUUGCAUUGCUUUUUGGAACUUAAAUCUAGCCACACCAAAGGAUGAAUACCCCAUGCUAGUAGCAGAUUUACUUGUUGAUGGGGUUGCACGCCAUCGCAUUUUAUCUUUUAUGGAUGAGCAUAGUGGCUAUAAUCAGAUUUUUAUUGCAGAGGAAGACAUAAGUAAAACGGCGUUUCGUUGCCCUGGAAACAUAGGUACGUAUGAAUGGGUUGUGAUGCCGUUUAGGUUGAAAAAUGCAGGAGCUACAUAUCAGCGGGCCAUGAAUGCAAUUUUCCAUGAUAUGAUUAGCCGCUUCAUGGAGAUUUAUAUCGAUGAUGUUGUUGUUAAAUCCAUGGAGGAUGAAGAACAUUUGGAGCACUUGAGAAAAGCUUUUGAAAGAAUGCGACAACAUGGUUUGAAGAUGAAUCCUCUCAAGUGUGCUUUUGGUGUUAUAGCAGGGAAUUUUUUGGGUUUUCUGGUCCAUGAACGAGGCCUAGAGGUGGACAAAAACAAAGCAAGGGUCAUAGUUGAAGCGCGGCCACCACAAAAUAAAAAGGAAUUACAAAGGUUUUUUGGUCAGCCUGAUGCAGAUUUUAAAUGGGAGAGGCAGCACCAAGCCGCCUUUGAUGCCAUAAAGGAAUACUUGUCCAAGCCACCUGUGUUGGUUCCUCCAGUUAAGAAUAAACCUUUAUUGCUGUAUAUAUUCGCCGCAGAUGAGUCAAUUGGUUGUCUGCUGGCACAAGAGAAUAAUAAUAAACAAGAACAAGCUGUUUAUUAUUUGAGUAGAGCUUUGAAUCCGACCGAAGUGAAAUAUUCUUCGGUUGAGAAAUUGUAUUUGGCUUUGUUCUUUGCAGCAAUAAAAUUGAGGCACUAUUUAUUGUAUUCGGAGGUGUUUGUUGUUUCAAAAACUGAUGUCAUAAAAUACAUGCUGUCGCGACCACUCUUAAGAGGCCGCAUUGGUAAGUGGAUUCUUGCACUUACUGAAUUUAAUCUGAGAUAUUUGCCUCAAAAGGCCGUCAAAGGACAGGCUUUAGCAAACUUUUUAGCAGAUCAUCCUUGUUUAGAUAUUAACGUUGAUGAAGACAAGGGAAUCAAUCUCUUUUCGAUUGACUUGGUUCCUUGGAGGCUUAUUUUUGAUGGGUCUAGCACUGAUCAAGCCUUCGGAGCUGGAAUUAUUAUUGUUUCUUCAGAUGGCAUAAAAACCCAAUGGUGUUUUCAAUUGGAUUUUGAAUGCACUAAUAACCAAGCAGAAUAUGAAGCUUUGGUAAUUGGCCUUGAGUUGUUGGUAGAGUUGAAUGUGCCAUCGGUUGAAAUUGUGGGUGAUUCUCAAUUAGUUCUCAAGCAAUUGAGUGGCGAAUACAAGUGUACAAGCAUGGUUUUGUCUCCAUAUUUUGCCACUGCCAUCCAAUUACUGGAGGAAUUUGAUGAUGUCUCCCUGAAGCAUAUUCAUCGCAACAUGAAUAUUGAAGCAAAUGAACUUGCGCAGAUUGCUUCUAGUGUAAAAAUGCCUGAAGGCAUCUUGGAGAAAGUCAUCGUCAUUGAGAAACGUAUAUUGCCUUCAAUUCAUCAAAGAGGAGUAACGGUGGAAGCAUGCUCACUAGAUGUCACACCUACAGACUGGAGGCAUCCAAUAAUAGAACAUUUGAGGAAUCCCAGUUCUAAAACAUCAAGGAGAACGAGGAUGCAAGCUUUAAACUAUGUGCUACUCGGGGAUGUCUUGUAUCGUAGGGGGCAGGAUGAAUUAUUAUUGCGUUGCCUCGGUCUUGAUGAAAGUUGCCAUGUGAUGUUAGAUGUUCAUAAUGCGCCAGCAUUUGAGUUUCAUCCUAUUGUCAAGCCAUGGCCUUUUCGUGGCUGGGCAAUUGAUUUGAUUGGGAAAAUCUAUCCACCUUCUUCUAAAGGCCAUUCUUUCAUAAUAGUUGCUAUAGACUACUUUACUAAGUGGGUGGAGGCAAGGCCUAUGAAGAAGGUUGAGCAAGGAGAUGUCAUCAAGUUCAUAAAAGAGGAUUUGAUCCACAGGUUUGGUCUUCCAGAAACUAUCACUUCUGAUCAAGGUACUGCUUUUGUUGGAUCUCAAGCAGAGGCCUUUGCAAAAGACAUGGGAUUUCAUUUGCUUAAUUUAACUCCGCAUUAUGCACAAGCAAAUGGUCAAGCAGAGGCAUCUAAUAAGAUUAUCAUCAACAUCCUGGAGAAAAUGGUUGAUGAUAAUCCCAAGAGAUGGCAUGAGCUUUUUUCAGAUACUCUCUGGGCAUACAGAACCUCACAACGGAGUUCAGCUAAGGUGACCCCAUUCUCGCUUACUUAUGGUCAUGAUGCUGUCUUACCUAUGGAAUUAACGGCAAGGUCUUUGUGGAUUGCAAUUCAAAAUGGAUUGAAUUCUGGGGAAUACAAUGAGGCCAUGAUCAUGGAAUUGGAAGACCUUGAGGAAGCAAGGCUAACAGCAUUGGAUGUGAUGAAGGCCCAUAAGCUUAAAGUGGCACAAGCUUACAACAAAAGGGUCAAGCAAAAGAAUUUAACCGAAGGAAGCUUGGUUUGGAAGGCUGUGCUGCCACUUGGCAAGAAGGAUCCCAGAUAUGGUAAGUGGUCCCCUAAUUGGGGAGGACCAUUCCAAAUUCAUAAAGUUCUUAAAGGGGGUGCUUACUGGUUAAAGUCUUUGAAUGGGGAGUUGCAUUUGCGCAAGAUCAAUGGCAUCUACUUGAAACCAUAUUAUCCGAUUGUGUGGGAGGCACGGGAUAGUUCUGCCUCCACGUCUGCAUGAUCCAGGUUUGCAGACAUUUGUAUAUUAUUUGAUUCAAGUUGUUUUUCUUUUAAUAAGGACACGUAGAGUUUUGGCUUGAACCAUGGAAGCAUACAUAAGACUUGGUGCUGCCAAGGAGGCAUGGCAUGUUCUUACAUUUGUGUUUUAGAGCGGCUUUGUCUAUAAAGCCGUGGGCAGCAU